AUGAACAAAUUGAAGGCGAGGAUCCUCCGCACCCUCAAAUCCCUCCCCACCCGCGGCGUUUACGAUCCUCCUCCUCCUCCGACGACGACGACGACGACGACGAAGCAGCAACAGCAACAAACGACCGGCGCCGACGACGACGCCGACGAUCUCUUCUUCUUCGACGCCCCUCCGUCCCCCGAUUCCAUCCUCAACCCUAAAACCUCCCCCUCCUCCUCCCCCUCCUCCUCCUCCUACGUCCUCGAGGAGGAGGAGGAGGAAGAUUUGCUGCGAGGAUUCGAGGUCAGGUGCCCGCCGGGAGGGGAGGAGGCGGUGAUCGUCUACACGACGAGCUUGCGGGGGAUAAGGAAGACGUUCGAGGACUGCGGGCGCGUGCGGCUGCUGCUGCGGAGCCUGGGAGCGGCGUUCCACGAGAGGGACGUGGCCAUGGACGCGGGCUACAGGGACGAGCUCCGCGGCGUCCUCGGGCGGGGCGCGGCGCCGCCGAGGGUGUUCGUGAAGGGGAGGUACGUGGGGGGCGCGGAGGAGCUCGUCGCGCUCCACGACCAGGCCAAGCUGCUCCCGCUGCUCCGGCGGGUGGCGGCGGAGCGCCGCGGCGGCGGCGGAGGUUUGUGUGCGGGGUGCGGCGGUGCGGGGUUCGCGGUGUGCGCGAGGUGCAGCGGCAGUUGCAAGGUGUUCGACGAGGGGAGAGGGGUCGCGAUCCGGUGCGCGAAUUGUAAUGAGAAUGAAGCCAUACCAAACAAGCACUUGAGUUCUUGUCUUAUUAUUGUCUUUGGAGAUCGAAUUGUUAACUUCGAAGAUGAUAAAUGA